CGCGAUGAAUGAUUUUGAGAAAGACCCUGGAGAUUCCACAGCCCUUCUGUAAUUGUGUCCGGAUCUUGAUGGUUCGCUGACCGAUAAGCGACAACGGUAAAUCCAGAUGGUUGCUACGAGGGUGCGCCCACGGUCAGAGAGGGCUUCAACCACUUAGUUUGGACUACAUAUUGUAGGAAACUGUGGCACAUUUAAAUGGACUGUUUCGUUGCGCCUUAUGUAUCCUUCUUGGCGUCACCCAUCAAUGAAGCUACUGAAAUUUGUGAGACAAAAGACCCUGCCAGAGGAUAAUCAUGUACAAGUGGACGGCACAGACACUGAAAUGCACUUCACUGAAAGGUGACUUCCAGCCACUUUGCAUUCCCCAAACCAAUGAAUAUGCCAGGACUUGAUGAUGAGCUCCAACAGUACCGACCCUGGCCUCUACAUGGCUCUCAGCUCCCCGGGAAUGGGAAUUGUCUACCCCUGGUCAGAGCUAAUUAACCUGAAUGACAACAAUUCUUUCCUCAGUAGCCUCUUCAACCUCACAGGCUCACUCAACGAGACUGUGACCUCUCCGACCCAUGACCCUCUGGGGGGUCACACUGUGUGGCAGGUGGUCCUCAUCAUCCUCUUCACAGGCCUUCUGUCACUGGUCACAAUCAUCGGCAAUAUCCUAGUGGUGGUGUCCUUCAAGGUGAACCGCCAACUUAAGACUGUCAACAAUUACUUCCUGCUCAGCCUGGCCGUGGCUGACCUCAUCAUUGGAGUGAUCUCCAUGAACCUCUAUACCACCUACAUCAUAAUGGGCCAUUGGGCCCUAGGGAACUGGGCCUGUGACCUAUGGCUAGCUAUUGACUAUGUGGCAAGUAAUGCAUCAGUCAUGAACCUGCUUGUCAUCAGCUUUGACCGCUAUUUCUCUAUUACUCGGCCACUCACUUAUCGGGCCAAGCGGACCACUCGGCGGGCCGGCCUAAUGAUUGGCCUGGCCUGGUUUGUGUCUCUGGUCCUGUGGGCCCCAGCCAUCCUGUUCUGGCAGUACUUUGUGGGAGAGCGCACUGUGCCACCGGAUAAGUGUUACAUCCAGUUUCUCUCAGAGCCCAUCAUUACAUUCUGCACGGCUAUGGCUGCCUUCUAUCUACCUGUCACUAUUAUGAGUAUACUCUACUGGCGUAUCUACAGAGAGACACAAAAACGAGCACAGGAGCUGGCGGGCUUACAGGGCUCUGGGGCCCGAGGCGGGGGAGGGGAGAGGGCUCACUUUGUUCACCACCAGGUUGGGAGCGCCAGGAACUGCAGCCGGUAUGAGCUAACCCAGUCCUCAGAGAGGACAAGUCCUGGCCAGGCAUUUGCCGCUACCUUCCAUGGCUUGCCCAUGAUGCACUCGUGGCGGCCAGGAAGCACCCGCCCCGGGGAGGGAAACACCCGCCACAGCAGCACCAACAGCUGGAACAACAACAACGCCAGGAUGUCAGUCGAUCACUCUGGCUCGUCUGAGGAGGAGGAGGGAAACGGCGGAGGUAUAUUGCCCCAGGGCCAUGCCAUCUUCUCCAUAGUCCUUAACCUCCCAGGGAUAAAGGCAGCUGUCAGUUCCCACCUCACAUCCUGUGAGGACCUCGAAGGAGCCACGGACGAGAAGCCGCUGAGGGGGGAGGAAGACAGUCGGGAUAGCCUCCCUAGCACCACCACCAACAUCACCCCAACCACCAGCCCUGAUGGGGUCAACCCAGACACCAACAGCUACCACCAACGCUUCCCCUCUUCCAUCUCCAAAGUCCAAACAAUGCCUUCCAUCGAGGCCACCAAAGAGGGGCCACUCUCUAGCUCCACCACUACCACCACUAAAUCAUCCAUCUCCUUUAAAGAGGCAGCCCUUGCCAAGAAAUUUGCUUCCAGGGCACGGACACAGAUCACAAAGCGCAAGCGCAUGUCUCUGAUUAAAGAAAAAAAAGCAGCACAGACCCUCAGCGCCAUCCUGUUUGCCUUCAUCAUCACAUGGACUCCGUACAACAUCAUGGUUCUGGUCAAUACCUUCUGUAUUGGCUGCAUCCCCCAGGCUCUGUGGGCGCUGGGAUACUGGCUGUGCUAUGUCAACAGCACUGUCAACCCCAUGUGCUAUGCCCUGUGCAACAAGACCUUCCGCACCACAUUCAAGAUGAUACUGCUCUGCCGUUGGGACCAGCGCAAACGCCGGCGGAAGCAGCAGAUCCAGGAGCGGCAGUCUGUUGUGUUCCACCGCAGAAUUCCCAGAGACUCAACGUAGAGGGAUGUUCUGUAGACCCAGUGGGAUUCUGGUGAAGUCUCAGAUUUGAAUUCUCAGUGAAUGGAUGAGGCAUCCUACGGCUCUGUGUUGUUUUAUUAGCAUAGAUGUUCCCAGGAAUUGCGGCCAUGUUUUUGCUGUGAUGGCCGAACCUCCCCGGAGAUGUGUUCCUCUGUUUCUUGAGUUGAGCUCCCGUGGUGAAAGUUUCAUUUUGAUUAUUGGAGCGCUCUGUAUUUCAGAGUUGUGUCACAAAAACCAAUAGAACAAGGGCUUUGAAGGGGGAGACAAACAGAUAGUAGGGACAUAUCGAGUGAAAUUGAUACCUAGAAGUUUACAUAACAUUUAAUAUUGAUUUAGGAGUUUCAAUUCUCAUCAUUUCUUUCACAGUGAUACUUUAUUGAGUAUUGAG